AUGGGACGAGAAGCGCUCGCCGACUUACAACUUGAAGCUUCACAAACGAUGCUGUUGCGCACGACUCUGCGGGCGCGAUUAUCGCCAUCGCGAUCGCUGCCGCGGCCAGUUCUCGCUCCUUCACGACUGUCCUCGUCCGUUCCGCUUAUCCACAUCCAAGACGCGACCUUCUAUCGGCAAUAUCCAACCGAGGAGAAUGCCGCAACCAAUCCGCCACUGUUUCCCAAUCUGAAUUUCAAGCUUCCGGCGACGGAAACCUCGGCGGGCGAGAAGCAAUUCUGGGCGAUAUUGGGCCCAUCGGGUCGAACCGACCUGCUGGAUAUUUUGCGUGGACAACACAUCUCCAUUCCACCCACAGCACGAUCAUAUCCAUACCUUCUCAGCGACGAGAUUGCCGCCAAAGACUCCGGACUGCGCAUCGUGAGCAAUGCCAUACAAUACAUCGGCUUCAGUGGAGAGGGCUCUGGGGCAAUUGGAGGCACCCGUGGCGCGUAUCUCAGUGCGCGCUACGAGAGUCAUCGCGAAGAGACCGAUUGGACGGUGGAGCAAUUCCUGCGCGGCCAGACCUCGUUGAACCCAAUGGAAGGCGAGGAGAAGGGCACUCUACGAGACGAGGGACUGCUGCAAGAGGUGAUUGCAGAUCUGCGUCUGGGUUCCUUGCUUGACAUGCCCGUCGCCAAUCUCAGCAAUGGUCAAACCCGGCGGGCGCGGAUUGCAAAGGCCUUGCUCAAGAAGCCAGAACUCCUCCUUCUGGACGAACCUUUCAUGGGACUGGAUCCGGCCACCGUCCGUAGCAUCUCCGAGUUGCUGUUCCGCUUAGCCCAAAAGAAUGCGCCUCGGCUUAUCCUGGCCCUGCGUCCGCAAAACCCCAUGCCGGACUGGAUCACUCACAUAUCCCUCAUCGGAAAUUCCCACCAGAUUCUCAAACAAGGAAGCCGCGCUAUAAUUGACCGAGCUCUGACAGUCUGGCGCAAGGAGGCGAAGAAGCUGGACGACGAUACUCAGAAGGUUGAUGCUGAUGUUAAGAAACUUCUUCGAUCGGGGGCCCUCGACCAACAGCUCCUGCGGGAUUUCACAUCGAACCAGCCGUCCUUGGAGAAUAAUCAACAUCACACGGCAUCGCUGGGCGGGGAACCUGUGAUUGAGAUGGAUGGGGUGCGGGUCCAGUAUGGCGACAAGGUGGUUCUCGGCGACUGGAGACAGCAAGUUGACAAGGAUAUCAAGGAUGGCCUACACUGGCGUGUCCGGCGCGGCCAGCGCUGGGCCAUCCUCGGCGCAAACGGAUCUGGCAAGACCACCCUGCUGUCCCUCAUCACCUCGGAUCACCCACAGACAUACGCCCUGCCCGUCAAACUGUUUGGGCGCUCUCGCCUGGCUGAGCCGGGCCUGCCGGCUAUCUCCAUCUUCGAGCUGCAGUCACGACUUGGCCACUCUUCGCCCGAGAUCCAUGCCUUCUUCCCGCGUCAAUUGACGGUGCGCGCGGCCCUCGAAUCGGCCUUUGCCGAGACCUUCUUAGCCCGGCCCAGGCUCGAACACCAGCAUGAUCUCGAUAUCUCCGCCAUGCUGCGCGCUUUCAAGGCGGACUUGGACCCUAAUGCCACGACUGCCCAGCAGUCGCCUCCAGCGGUCUCUACUGAUAGCAAAUUCUUUCCCAAACUCCCGACGCGAUCCAGUACCCCGUAUAUUCCCAAUGAUUAUGAUGUCGAAUAUGCCGACCAGAUCCGCUUCGGCCAGCUCACCACGGCGCAGCAGCGGAUUGUGCUCUUCCUCCGGGCCCUCAUUCACAAGCCGGACAUUGUGAUCCUUGACGAGCCAUUUUCCGGCUUGACCGCGUCUCAGCGCGACAAGUGUCUAAAGUUCUUGGAGUUUGGUGAUUGCACACAGGAUGCCGAGCACAGACGGCACUAUGGCUUGUCCGAGGACCAGGCCCUCAUUAUGAUCAGUCAUGUCAAAGAGGAAAUACCGGACAUGGUCCGCAAUUUCAUGCGGUUGCCGUCGGAACCGAGCGAUGCCUCCGAACCUCUGGACUUCCGGGUCGGCCUGCUCAAGCCUACCAGCAAACUUCGGGAUCCCAAGAUUUGGGAGACCGCGUGGUCUUCGCCCACACAAUUCGACCAGGUCGCUGAGCCCACCGGCCGCCGAGAAUCGGAACAGGCUGUUUCCGAUCCCCAGACGUACGCGUAUAUAUCGGUGUAA